AUGAUAGUUGGUGAUCAGAGCUUGUAUAGUUUUAUACCUGACCCAUAUGGUAUGAAUUCCGGUAUCUUUAAAACAUUUCUGAUGGAUGCAGACGGACAACCUGUUGAAAUAUUUAAUUCAAUAGACUUCUUAGUAGAUGCUUCAAAUGAAAUCCAGGACGAAACAAAUGUGAGAAAUCCUCCAAUUAAUGGAACUGAAAACCUGGAAGCUUCAUUUGAUUUUGGAAGUGAAAAUGGUAUGGUUAGUGUUUUAUUAAACAGUUUACAAGAAUGCACAACAACCGUGUCAUCUACCAAUUCAACAUUCGAUAUAGUUACCAUAGGGUUGGAUACAGUUAUAAAAGACGAGUCUCCUUCCAAUAUAAACAUAAGUUUCUACAAUCAGUCACUACAAUUUUUUGCCAGCCCACCUAAUCCACCAAUGGAUAUGUUUGUACACUGUAAAGCCUGUAUUCAGCAAUCAGAAGUGAUAUUUGUAUUGGAUGCUUCAGGGAGUGUCACAGCAUCGUCAUUCGAAGAAAUGAAGUAUUUUGUUGUAUCAUUGGUAGAGUUGAUGCAGAUUGGACCAGAACAGGUCCGAAUAGGGUUAAUGACAUUUGAAACAACACCAAUUGUCAUUUUUCAGUUAAAUGAAUAUCCCGAUUCUGCAACUAUUAUUACGAAUAUUUUGGGCGCUAAUUUUACUGGUGGUUUAACUUACGCAGGUGCAGCUUUAAAUAAAGUACGAACAUCAAUGCUUCCUUUAGCAAGGCCUGGUGUACAGAGGCUUGUUAUACUCUUAGCUGAUGGUGGUUCAUCUGAUCGGGUAUUAUUAUACGAAGAGUCUGACAUGCUAAAGGCAGACGGUGUAGAAAUUCUGAAAGCAAUGGAAGAUAGCACUGUUGUAUUUGAAAGUAAUUUCUUUGGGACGUUCGGUGUUAGUAUAAUGGCGAUUCCUCCUGAAACAAUAGAUUUCGAUGAAGUUUUUACCAACUUAGAUGACAAGAUUGCUGAUAAUCCUUAUGUUAUAGCAAUGAACUGUAUUCUGUUAGCAGGGUUAGCUAUUGGCACAGUGAUUAUGAGAAAACUUGACCUUGAAGACAAGAGAUUAUGGCAGUACAAACCGUUAGCUGACAAUAUAGACAGCGCUGCCUUUUCCUAUUACAUCUCCGUUCAUACAGGAUUUUGGUCUAGUUUUCGAUUAUCAUCUACUCCGUAUAUUAUAUUGAAGGGAUGGUAUGGAGAAACAAUGUGUCGCCCUUUGGUUGACAAAGCAGGAUUGUUCAGAAAUUUGAUACGCUGGAGAUGUUCUAAUUUCCUGUUAAAAACGGAUGUUAACUUGGGACCGUUGACAGAGGUAAAAAUAUGGCAUGACAAUGCUGGUGUCAACAAAAGUUUGUUUUUGGAUAAGGUGCUAAUAAGCACCGGAAAGCUAGGAGAAACGUAUGUAUUCUUCUGCAAUGACUGGUUAUCUGAUAGUAAAGGUGACGCAAAGACAUACAGAGAACUCUAUUGUGCUCAAAGUGAAUUUAAAGAUGGAAAUACGCUGUUUUCGUCUAUAACUCGUUUCCGAUUGUUUGAUGAGCACUUAUUGCUUUCAUUAUUUGGAAGACCAAGUUUUAGUCGAUUUUCCCGGGUUCAACGAUUGUAUUGCAUUGCAUCAAUGAUGUCGUUAUCCUUUCUCGCUAGCGCCAUGUUUUUUAAAGCAGAUGAUACUGUACACAUUCACGGAGUUACUAUAGGACCAAUGAAAGUGACUUACAAACAAGUGUAUGUUGGCCUGAUGACGUCAGUUAUGACGUUCCCCAAGUAA